CUCCUCCUUAAACUCGAUCACCAUCUAAACGUUCAAAUGAUUUACAACCAGCUUCAUAGUCUGCUUAUCGUAGGUGCUCUGUUGUUAUUACGGAAUGCUGCAAGACCUUGUAGUUUAGAAUCGACAUUUAACUGCGAUAGACAGGCGUUGCCACAUCGUGUGAAUAUUGUUCUUCCCCUUCUAUACUGUCCCGUCAUCUCCCGGCUCAUAAUUCGAUUAUUAUUUCGGCUCCCCGCAUUUUCCUUUGUCUUCUGGCCACCAUCGAUAGCAUAGUCAUCACUUGCCUAAGCUAUUUUUCAUCCUCUCUUCCUUGUACCCCGUCUAUCCAGAUGACCUCUUCCAUCUUGAUCCUAUAAUCAUAUUUGUCAUAGUACGUUCUGCUUUCUUGGUGCGUGCGAUCCCUGGUGCACAUAGGAAGGCUCUAUUGUCAUUCGGUAUGUUUUGCAAGUGGUAUGAGACAAUUCACUCGGUCGUAGCGAUUAAUUUCACCUUACCGUCAAUCUUGGAGGUGUCGGUAUAAAAUCUACCCA